AGUCGCGGACCGAACGAAGCCGACGCGCAAUAAUUUUUUUUACGACCAAUAACGUCGCGAGUGCGAAACGUACGACAACGAUUUGCUUUCAACAUAAUAAUAAUAUUGUAUACGACGACCCGUGUCGGACGACCGGACUACACGACUUCGCUGCCCGACGACGGAUCACGCGGGCCCAUCUGCUAAAAUAUAAAUAAUAAUAUUAUACUCCUCACAGUUUACCGUCGUAUCGUUAUUGUACUACGCUUAUUGAAAUCGACAGUAAUAAUAAUAAUCGUUAUUAUUUUUAUAUCAUUAUAGCCGCCGACUGACCGCUGUCCGUUUGCGGUCGCAGUCGUCGAAAUGUUAGCGACCGCCGAGCGCGCAACCUUCGUUGCGCUGUGGUUGGUGUGCUGUUACUACCAUCAAGCCACCGCUAGCCACGAACACGUGCGGACGAAGAGCGGCUCGGCGCGUGAGCAGAGGACCAAACACCUGACUUCCGGCAUGCCCACGGUAACCAUGGUGGCCGCCGGCGCCAAGAACAUCGGCGGCGGAGGUUCUUCGGACGCCGACGCCGACACGGCGGACAUUGACGUGCUCGCCGACACGGACACGGCCGGCGCCAAAGCGUCGGACGCGAACACCGGCCACGGCAAGCUCCGCGACUUCUUGUUCGGGAAACCGAACAAAAUCUUCAAGAGCCUCAUGCGGACCGGCGUCAGAGUGGUGCAGCGCGGCAUGGACGCGUUCCAGGGGAUGUCGAACAAGGUGUACACAGUGGCCCGGAAUCAGAUCGGCGGAUCUUCGUCGGCGUCCAGCACAUCGGACGAGAGCGGCAGCGCCGGCUACCGGAAACAGGUCAAGCGACAAGCGGCCGCGGCGAGAAAGCCGACCGGCUUCGUCAAGUCGGUGGCCAAAAUGCUCAACACCGGGAUCGCGGGCAUGGAACAGGUCACCGACUUGGGCCUGCUGUUGGGCAACAUGGGCACGCACAAGAUCAUGGCCACGCUGGACGGCAAGUCCGGCAACCAGGAGAUAUUCAAUCUGAUCGUCAAAUACGUCGGGUCCAAAGUCGGAAAAGGGUCUAAAGGCAGUGCGGUUCAGUUCAUCAGCGACGUGGGUACGAUAUCGACUUUUGCAGCCCAAGACGACGAUAUUACCAAUGCGAUAUCUACGGCAAUGGAAAGGUUAAUGAGCAACCCCAAGGUGGUCAAAGCCAUGAUUCGUUUGGUUCUCACCGUUUUGGAUUCCAGUCCGUCCACGGCAUGCUUGCUAGACCAAUUGCCGUUGUCACCCCAAGACGUGCGGAUGGUGUUCGAUAUAUUCGUAGGUAGCAACGGACAGAUGAUGUUGAAAACCAUUGCGGGGCUUGUGUCAGACUUGACCACAGGACCAGACACGAAAGCGUUUUUGGAAUCAGCUUUGGGCAUGAUGUCCAUGUUCAAAAGUGACGAUCCAGGGGCGGCCACUAAGAAUUCGGACAAACCAGCUGAGUCUAUCGUUGGUUCGCUGACUAGUUUCUUUACGGGCGGUGACCUAGAGGAAGAAGAAGGUAUUGACGAAAAUAACAAUUCUGCACCCCCGCCGGAGGUCAUUAACAGAAAAAAAAGCAGCCGUGCAAAAGGAACUAAAUCAAAACCGUCUACGAAUAAACGAAAAAAAAACGACGACCCUUGGUUCAGUAACACCGCAAGCUCGAUCGAAUCGUUAGCGAAAAAAUCCAAAUCCAGCGAAGAUCCAUGGUUUAGUGGAACUGCGUCGAGUUCGUUACAAAAAAAAACAGCCCCGCCCAAGCCCGACAAAUGGUUCGAGAGCAGCAGUACCAUUAGUGGAAAAAGCAAGGUCAGCCGCAAUAGCGAGACCGUCAGCGAUAAAAACCAUUUGAAAGUGGUGACUAAAAAAAGUGGCAGCGCGAGCUUCAGUAACGAUGACGAUACAGGCAAAAUUGCUGCCAAACCAGCGGAUGUGAAGACAAAAACAAAAAUCGUCGCCAAAAAGCCCGUCGUCGAAGAAGUUGACGAUUUCGACAGCGGCGAAUACGACUAAUGACAAUGGAGUCAUCGCCACUAGGUUUGAAGGCACACCUAUAACUAUUUAUAUUGUAUAUCUCGACUUCUACUAUAUUUUGCAAAUGGUACAAUGAUAAUAAAACAUAAUCCAUACACUCAGUAUCGCAAUAGUUCGCAAAAUACAUGUAUACAUAUAUGUCUGUCGUUAAGUUGAACCUUAAAAAGAUUUGUAAUAGUAAUAUAAAAAACUACAUAACUGCCUACUGUAAUUUUAAACAUUUUCACAUUAUAUAAAUUUAUUUACAUUAUA